AUGGAUGAAAAGCUGCGGUGCGAAGUAGCUACCUAUAUUUGGAUUCGUGAGAAUUGUCCGACUGUCCCUAUUCCGUCCCUCUAUGGGUUCGCAUUCCCUAAUGGGCUGACUUUCGCUGAGUUAUCUUCUGUGUCCUUUCUUACUCGACUCCAGUGGCGUAUAAAACGAACCAUCAGCUUGUUGCUUGGGUUCCCUACCGCAUGCCCCUAUAUCGGCCUCAGAUGCUCGAAUCCACUGAGAACCGGAUACAUGAUUAUAAGCCUCGUGAAGAAUGGUCAGAUGCUUUCCAAUUCUUGGGCCACAUAUCUCCUUGAGGAUAAUUCACGCCGACAGACUCUUUUUCGCGAUCUCGCAAACAUUAUAAUUGCAUUAAACCGUACCCGGUUGCCGCAAAUCGGAUCUCUGACUUUAAAUGACGACGGAAUUAUUAGUGUAUCGAACCGUCCCCUGACGCUUCGGCUCCAAACUUUUGAAAAUGAAGGUAUCCCUACGAUCCCGAGAACCUCAACCUACCAGGCUGUGGAGCCCUAUAUCCUAGAUCUUUUGCAGUGUCAUGACAAUCGCAUUUACUACCAGCCCAAUGCCAUCCACAGUACAAAUGACGGUCAGGAGCAAUUUGCCGCUUUGACUAUGAUGCGCGGUCUUCUCCAUCAGUUUGUGUCACGUCGAUAUCGCGACGGGCCAUUCGUGCUCACACUUACUGAUCUUCACCCAAGCAACAUAUUCGUUGACGAAGACUGGCAUGUAACGUCCCUUAUUGAUCUAGAAUGGGCAUAUUCAUUCCCUGUCGAGCUCCAGACACCCCCAUACUGGUUAUCUGGUCGACCUAUUGAUGAUAUUGAACAUGGAGAACAUCUGCAGACUUUCGAGAAAAUCAUCAAUGAAUUCAUAGAUGUCUUUGAAGAACAGGAGAAAAUUCUUCAAGGUCCGAAUGCUGCCCAGGCUCAGAUUAUGAGACAAUGCUGGGGUAGAGGAAGUUUCUGGUAUUUUCAGGCUGCACAUAGCCCAAAGGGGCUUCUUAGUGUCUUCAACGAGCAUAUCCAGCGCAGGUUUUGUGAGGAACAUUGCACCCAACGAGUGUUUGAUCGAACUGUCAGUCCAUACUGGUGCGUCGGAGCCGAGGACUUUAUUCAAAAGAAGGUGGAAGAAGACACAAAGUACAAAGAUCGGUUGAGAAAAAGGUUUGGUAAUGUUGGCCAACAAUGCGAUCCAUGCAUUUGA